AUGGCACCGACAAAGAAAGUAUUAAUUGGUUGUACUGGAAGUGUUGCGACAAUUAAAUUGCCAGAAUUAUGUGAAAAAUUACGCGACCACUGCAUUGAAUUUCGGGUGGUGGUGACGGAAAGAGCAAAGCAUUUUUUGAAGGAAUCAGAACUGCCGCCUGGUACUCAAAUUCUUUCUGAUACUGUCGAGUGGGCUGCUUGGCAGGAUCGUGGUGAUCCUGUGCUUCAUAUUGAUCUCGCUAAGUGGGCAGAUUUAUUUUUGAUUGCUCCAUUAGAUGCUAAUACUCUGGGUAAAAUAGCUUCUGGAAUUUGUGACAAUAUACUUACAUGCGUCGCUCGAGCUUGGGAUGUUAAAAAACCAUUAUUAUUUUGCCCUGCUAUGAAUACCAGGAUGUGGGAUCAUCCAGUGACAGCACCACAGAUUGAAUUGUUGAAAUCUUGGGGAUACAAGGAGAUAAAUUGCAUUACCAAGACCUUGAUGUGUGGAGAUACAGGGAUCGGUGCUAUGGCAGAAGUCGACACUAUUGUGCAAACAACGCUCAGAUAUUUAAACCCAUGGGAUCAUUAUUCAUCAUUAGAUAGACGUCAUUAAUGUUAUAAUAAUUUCAUCGAAAAUAUAAUACUGUUAUUAUUGAUUUGAUAUAUACGAAUACGUUGCAGCGAAAAAUGUUUCUUUUUUUUCUAUUUUUUUCACAGUUACCGUUAUUGUUUACUUAUCAAUAAAAAAUUAUACAUUACUAUUGUAUAAAUUAAAAAUCAAAUAAAUUACAUGGAACAUUGAA